AUGUUCUUCCUCUCCUUCUUCAAGACCCUCGUCGGGAAGGAGGUCACCGUCGAGCUCAAGAACGACCUAGCCAUCACAGGAACGCUCCAUAGCGUGGACCAGUACCUGAACAUCAAGCUGAACAACACGCGCGUCGUCGACGCGGAGCGCUUUCCGCACAUGGUGGCCGUCCGGAGCUGCUUUGUGCGCGGGUCCGUCGUGCGCUACGUGCAGCUGCCGACCGACAUCGACGUCGACCUCCUGCACGACGCCACGCGCCGGGAAGCACGCGGCGAGGCGUGA